UCUCCGUGAGGGGAGGGGGCCAGGGAAGGGGGCGGCUUCCCCGCACAGCUUGCAGGGCGCUGCCUGGCUGCUAGAAGGCGUCCGAGACCCGACCCACCCUCGGCACAGCCGCCGCAACAGAGGCGGAAGACAAACUUACGCGCAGCGCAGCGAUCGCAGAAAGCGGCCCAGAGCCGGCCGCCCCUCUGCUCCGGGAGGGGCCCAUGGAAUUCGGGAGAGCAGCUGAAGCUGAGCAGCACCCCCGGCACUGAGACAAUGGCGACGAGCCCGCUGCCCGGCCCCACGGACAUCUUGCUGCCCUCGCCGUCCAGCACGUACCCGCCGGACCCCAUGAACCAGCCGAGGGCCGGACACGCCACCAUGAAGCCCAAUCAGGUGGGGCAGGUGAUCCUCUACGGCAUUCCCAUCGUCUCUCUGGUCAUCGACGGGCAGGAGCGGUUGUGUCUAGCGCAGAUCUCCAACACUCUCCUUAAAAACUUCAGCUACAACGAGAUCCAUAACCGGCGGGUGGCUCUGGGCAUCACUUGCGUGCAGUGCACACCAGUGCAGCUGGAGAUCCUUCGGCGGGCUGGGGCCAUGCCCAUCUCCUCCCGCCGCUGCGGUAUGAUCACAAAGCGAGAAGCAGAAAGGCUCUGCAAGUCCUUCCUGGGAGAGAACCGGCCUCCCAAACUGCCAGAUAACUUCGCCUUCGACGUGUCCCACGAGUGCGCCUGGGGCUGUCGCGGCAGCUUCAUUCCGGCCCGCUAUAACAGCUCCAGGGCCAAGUGUAUCAAGUGCAGCUACUGCAGCAUGUAUUUUUCGCCCAACAAGUUCAUCUUUCACUCCCACCGCACUCCUGACGCCAAGUAUACUCAGCCCGACGCCGCCAACUUCAACUCCUGGCGCCGUCACCUCAAGCUCACCGAUAAAAGCCCCCAGGACGAGCUGGUCUUCGCCUGGGAGGACGUCAAGGCCAUGUUCAACGGCGGCAGCCGUAAGCGGGCCUUGCCGCCCGCUCCUCCUGCCCCCGCCGCAGCCGCCCCUGCAGCCUGCCACCCGCUGGGCUCGGUGAAGGCGGCGGCUGCUGUAGUAGGCGGCGGGUUGCUGAGUCCGCACCUCCUGGCAGCCCCUCCUGAGCUGCACCAGAAAAGGCCGCGCUUUGAGGACGACGAGGAGCUGCAGGAGGCCGUGGCAGCGGCGGCAGCAGGGCACGGCGGCAAAAGCCCGCGGAGCUACCCGGUCAUCCCGGUGCCCAGCAAGGGCUCCUUCGGCGGCGUGCUCCAGAAGUUCCCCGGAUGCGGGGGACUCUUCCCGCACCCCUACGGUUUCCCCGCCGCCGCCUUCGGCCUCUGCCACAAGAAAGAGGAAGGCGGCGGAGGUGCCGAUGCGCUCGGCGGGGCGGCGGCACACAAAGCUGGCGGGGGGGCGGCGGCAGGGAGCGGCCUCUCAGGGCUCUUCUGGCCGGGCAGAAAGGACGCCGCCUUCUACCCGCCCUUCUGCAUGUUCUGGCCGCCCCGCACACCGGGCGGGCUGCCGGUACCCACCUACCUGCAGCCGCCCCCGCAGCCCCCCGGGGCCCUGGGCUGCUCACUGGGCGACGGGGCGGGCCUACUGCGCCAGGCUUUCCUGGACCUCUCGGAGCCCGGCGGCGAGGGCAGUACCGCGGGACUGGGCACGCCGCCCGCCACCGCCGCCCCCCCGCCCGCUCCGGCCGCCGCCGCCGCUGGCGGCUCGCGGGACCCGCUCUUCGAGUCGCCCCCUGGCGGCGCGGAGCCCGCCUCACCCGCUGCCUCUGAGAGCGGCGGCGGCAGCGGCGGUGGGCGCGUCCCGCCGCAUCACCCACACCUGCUAGAAGCGGUGGCCGGCCGUAAGGCGAGCGGCGGGUACCACCACUCCAGCGCCUUCCGACCGGUGGGCGGUAAGGAGGACUCGGAGAGCUUGGCCAAGCUGCACGGCGGGGGCCCGCCCCGUGCUGCCUCACCGCCGCCCCUGCAGCUGUUACUGCCGCCGCCGCCGCCUCCUGAGGACGCGGGAUGCGAGCGGCACCCGCUCCCUCCGCCGCCGCACCCCUCGCACCGCCUCCUUUCGCCCGGUGGCACCAGCUGCAGCUUCGCCAGUGAGGACAGCAGCGACGAGGACGACGAGGACGAGGAGGAGGAGGACGAGCCCGAAGUGGACGUUGAGGAGCACAAGGCCCCCGAGGAGGAUGAGGACGAGGAGGAGGGCGAGGAAGAGACGCGUGGUGGAGAUUCCUUGGCGGCCGGUGUCCGCUUCCCGCCCAGCCGUGGUCUGCAGGAGAAGAGCGGCCGGGAGCGCCCAGCCAGCGGUCCCUUUCCCCGGCCAGCAGCUGAAGAGAAGCCGGGAGAAGGGCAGGCCCCGUCGGGGCCGCCUCCCGGGGCUUCCCGGGCAGGCAGCGGCGACAGCAGCCCAGCGCAUCACCCAUGCCUGGAGGAGCAGACCCCGUACAAAGAUAAUCAGAAGAGCAAGGAGAGUAACCAGGUCAUCUUGCCUACAAAAGAGGACACCUUCUCAGAUAAGAACAAGGAGCAUAAUUUUUUCAUCACUGAUUCAGAGCCUUCAGGAGGAGACUUCUGGAGAGAUUUAGCAGGUGAACACAUACAAGAAACCAAUUCACCUCAUUCUCUGAAGAAGGACGUAGAAAACAUGGGGAAAGAAGAACUCCAGAAGGUUUUGUUUGAACAGAUCGACUUACGGAGGAGACUAGAACAGGAAUUCCAGGUGUUGAAAGGAAACGCAUCUUUCCCAGUCUUCAAUAAUUUUCAAGAUCAGAUGAAGCGGGAACUGGCAUACAGAGAAGAAAUGGUACAGCAGCUACAAAUUAUUCCCUAUGCAGCAAGCUUGAUCAGAAAAGAAAAGCUUGGUGCACACCUCAGCAAAAGCUAAAGAAGCACAGAAUCUUUUGCAGCUGUUACCUUGUAAGUUACAACCCACCACUCAGAAACCUGACUUGUAUAGAGACUGAGAAAACGGAAGGGCUUGGGGAUUUAAAGAACAAACAAAUCGGGUUCCUCUCAACCCAAGGACAAGUGACCUCAAAGCAUCAUGGACAACCAUGUAAAAUAGAAUGUAGCAGCUAUUUAUUAGUAAAAACAAAACAAACAAACAACAAAAAAAAAAGGAAAAGAAAACAACAAAAAAAGAACCCAACAAAAAAAAAUAUAACAAAAGAAAAAAAAUUAAAUGCCCAUCCUGGAUCUUUUUUGGUGGUACCAAAGUUUAAGUCUUUGUGUUUUUAGAACUACUGAACUUGAUAGAGAAAAUGCUUUCAAUGAAUUGUACAGAUGAGCUGUGAAAGGAACUGCUGAGCCUUUCAGCGCUGCAAGCAACGACGGCGUCUGCCAGUUCAUCUUUUACUUUUGAGUAGUGAUUGUUUUAUGUUAACAAAUGCACAUCCAACCAGAUGGGCCAGAACCACAUUUGGAUGGAUUAAUGGGGAUAAAGCAGCAUUAGCCAUACACAGUGCUUUUUAAAAGCAGACUGAAAAAUUCUCACACCCUUUUCCCUCGGCCCUUUGCUCCUCUUGUAUUUUGCCUGCUGUAUGAAUUACGAUUGUACUCCACUGGAAAUAUUUUACAAUUUAAUAUUGAGUGUAAUUAAGAAUAUAAUCACUGUUAUCAAAAAAGGUAUUUAACUCUGUUGUAGUUUCUUUAUCAUUC